UUCAGCCCUGACUGUGUAACAGUGUCCAUGGGAGAAUUGUAGCCUGAGACUCUUCACGACGGAACACAUUCACAUUCCACUACUUUAUUACGCGUGUUGCAGUAAUUUAGAUUCUAGAUCUAGAUCUAAUCUAGCUCUAGAUCUAUGCAAUAUUUAUCAGACUUUUAAAGCAACUGACAGUUGUGUAUGAAAAGUUAGUUGUCAACGUAUGCCAGAGGUGGAGGUCUCGGUUGUACUUGCUGCCUGUCUGGCAUGAGGAAAGGAGGAGCGUUUUCCCAAGCUGCAGGGGAGUCCUUGUGCUGCUGUGAGUACGAGAACAUGAAAGGGGAGAGAAGCCACGUGCUGGCCGCCUGCUGUGACUGUGAGGCUCUGGACGAUACCUUUGACAAAAUCUUCAAAUGUGAGAACAUCCCGCAGUCGACCAUCGACCGUUUGUUCGACACCGUCGCAGAUCGUUUGCGACUGCCAUCUUGUUUAGGCCAUGGUGCGGUCAAGCUGAAGCUGGACGUUGCGAUCCCGGUGGUGAUGGUCCCAACGUGUCUGUGCUUGGCCACCCUCCACCCUGUCAUGACUGUCCUGGUCUUCCUGUUCAUGCCGUUGUUCCUUGGGGGAUUCCACGCGCUCUGGCGCAGAAAGAGCCGGGACAAGAGGACGUCACUCUUCUACGUGUGGGGCUGCACGUCCGUCAUCUCUUCCUAUGUGGUCUUUCAGUGUUUUGUGGUGGCGUUCCGCGAGGUGCUCCUGUGGGAGAUCUUGUCUGUGUUCACCAUGAUGAUGCUCAUGUUCUACUUCCUGUACCGCGCCAAGAAAGACCCGGACCAGCUCUUUGUCUCCGCCAGGACACGGCCCAGCCACAAGCGCACACCCUCCAAUCUGAUGGCUGGAAGUGCUUCUCAGCCGCUUUAUGACCAGAUCAGCGGGGAGAAGCUGGACUCGGGCCACAGCUUGUACACGGACCUCACUGGGGUGACAGUGCAGGGAGAGAUGGGCGCUGAGCAGGUGACACAGCACCAGAGGUCGAACCUUCGGCCAAUCGUAGGGGAGCUCCCUGCUCGAGCUGGGUACUGUCCCGUGUGUGAAUCGUAUAUCGCAGUGCGGGACCAUCAUUGUAUCUGGAUCAACAGCUGCGUGGGGGGUUCGAACCACAGAUCCUUCCUGCUGGCCAUGAUCACCUUCAUCUUGACCAGUCUGUACGGGAGUCACCUCACACUGACCACUGUGUGCACGCCCAAGAUGUACUACGACUGGUUCUUGUUACCCAACGACUGUCGCUGGCUCUAUUUGGACUUCUUGACAGCCAUUUGCUUUGUGACGGCGAUCUACGCGCUGGCGGCGGCCAUCUUCAUGUCUGUGUGCCUGCUGUUCCAGGUGGUCCUGAUCAGCCAGAACGUCACGUCACAUGAGCUGGCGCAGGCGCGGCGUCAGGGUCAGACGUUGUGCGGCGUCUUCUCCCGCGAUAACCCCAACAACCGAGGCUUCUUCAGCAACUGGCUGGAGUUCUGGAUGCAGGAGUCGCGCAGGGGCUCGCCCAAAGUGGUCGCGUAGCGUAGUGGAGGGAUGGUGGCUGUUCUAGGGGUUUGCUGCUCAUGUAUGAACUUUGCAUUUGAGUGGCUUUUGGAAUUUCUGCUACUUGGGGUGUUGGGGUUUUGUACUAUUAACCUGAAAUACAAAGUGUAUGGGGAGAGGUUGAAGGAGGGGUGAGGGGCAGUGAUGAGCUCUUAUGGUUUGUGUCAUGUACAUUUUUGUCUUGUUAUUGAGCUUCAACAAAAUAUAUUUGGGUUGGGUUCUGAUUUGUUGUUGUGACUUACUAUAUUCCCUCUCCCACCCCUCC